AUGGAUGUCCGCAGCUCGACAACGCCUGCAGCCUCUCGACACCCGGAAGGAGGCGCUCAUCGCAAGAUCAAGGAUGCCUGGAGAGGGCUGCAGGCGGAGGUUGACGGUGCCAUCGACCAAGGUACUUUCAAGGCUCUCCGCAAGGCCACAGUGGUGCUGCGAAAGGCACCAUGGGAGCAGGCGUUUACGCUUCUUGACCGCUUGGCAACAAGGUCGGUACCUCCAGAUGUCUUCUGCUACAGCGCAGCAGUCGCUGCAUGCUCAGGAGGUGGGCAGUGGCGCGUGUCCGCAGAGCUCCUCCGGCGCAUGCAGGAGGAGACUAUUGCUCCAAACGAGAGGACGUACUCUGCAGCAAUCAGCGCUUGCGAUAAAGCUCGUCAGUGGCCCGCCGCUGUGGCGCUGCUUCGUGAGGCGGCGCACCUCAACCUGGCGCAAGGCUACUGCUACAAUGCAGCCAUCAGCGCCUGUGAGAAAGGUGGCCAGUGGAUCACCGCGCUGGAGCUGUUCCGCGAGAUGAGGGCCCUGAGCCUGGAGCUGGAUGCCUUCUCCUUCGCCGCAGCUUCCUCCGCUUGUGAGAAGGGGUCUGCGUGGCGAUCUUCCCUGCAGCUGCACCAGCUCCUCUUUCAAGUCGGCGUGCAGCCAAACGUCGUUACCUUCAGUUCCACCCUUGCGGCCGCAGCAGCUGCACCCUGGCCAAUGGCGCUGGAGCUGCUUUCAGAGAUGCAGAGCUGCCGCGUCACGCCGAGCAUUAUCAGUUACAAUGCCGCGGUUCAUGCCUGUGAGCAAGGAGCCGCAGGCCGCGUGGCACUGGACCUCGUGCAAGAGGCGCGCAGUCUUCACCUGGCAGCCGACGCAAAAUUCAUCGGGGUCGCCCUCGCAGCUUGCAGGCGCGGCGGCUUCUGGGAGGAGGCCGCGCUGUUGUGGCACAGCCUCGCCAAGCAGGAGCCCAUCGGCGAAGAUCUUGCAAGUUGCCGCUUCGCCAUCCAGGCCUGUGAGGGUACCGUGGCUGGUGUGGCUUUGUGCGCCGAACUGCGGAAGCGGCUUUGCAGGGCAGUGGAAGGGGGCGCAGGCCUCGAUCAGGCCUUUGGCAGCGCCGACGAGCUGCUUGAGUCCGGACAGCUGACGGCCGCUGUUCGGGCCUGCCUGGGGCGGCGUACAGCUGCAGCCCGCGGCCGGCUGAUGGCCUUGGCAGGAGUGCGCCAGCGGCCACAAAUGGGCGUCGUGCCAGAUCCUGGCUCAGACCGAGAGCAAGGCACUUGGCGCCUGCACGAGCCGCUGCUCGAGUUGCAGCCAAGCCUAGGCGCCGCCUGCACGACCGAGGUCUUGGCAGGCUCCCUCAAGCUCGCUUCUUCUGGGACCUGGCGCGGCUUUGCCCGGCGCGCGUCUCGCCGCGAACUGCACGAAGCGCUGCCAGACGAGGACCAGGACCUCGAUGUCAGCAGCCAGUGCAUUGUUGCCUGGUUGGCUGUCAAUGUGGCCGCAUCAGGCUUCCACAACGGCAAUCAGAUCCCGGGCCGCUGCGUGGCGUUCGGUGCCGACUGGGCGAAGGAUGCUGGUAGCUCCGCCUUGGAACAGCGUUUGCUUCCAGUCUUCCGGGAGCACGACCGGUCACAGCAUGCCGAGCGGAUGGCUUUGCUGUCCGUGGCGGCAAGCGCAGCCAGCAAGAACCGCCCUUCGAGGCCAAAUGGUCAGGAGCGCGCCGCUGAUUGGAUGACCACAACCUUCGGCGCUGUGCGGCUGUAUGCAAGUCACACUCUCUGCAUUUCCUGCCUCGCGGUCUGCUGCCAGUUCCGCCGACUUCUCCCCGGGGUGUCGCUGAAGGCCCAACCGGAUUUUCCGCUGAAGUGCAGUCCAAAGUCUCAAUACAAGAUUGCAGCCGAACUCGUCAUCACUUUCCCAGCCUGGGCAAGCUGCCAAGAGUUUCAAAGCAGAGCAAUGCUGCCGAGCUUCGAGAGAGCUGAUCUGGUGGAUGACUGCCGCCGCGUCUUCAGCGCCCGCGGCGUCGCCAAGGAGGACUCGGAGAGCGCCGGGCACACGUAUUGGCUCUCGGCUGGCACUGAGCCCCGCUGCGCCCUGGAACAGCUGGUUGCCGAAAUUUCUGCGUGGCACCAGCAAAGGCUGGGGCUCGAGGUGCUGGGCAGCGAAUGGUGGACUCUGUGGCUGGAUGGCGAAGAUGAUGACGUCGGCUGGCACUGGGACGCUGACUACGAAGCUCGAGAGCGGGGAGACGUGCGGCAUCCUCUUCUGGGUACCGUGACCUACCUUGAGGCUGGCGGCAGUGUUGCACCCACUGCGGUCCUGGAAGAUUGUUUCGAGGCUGAACUUCUUGCAGGACAUGGUGCUAUGGUAGCAACCGCCCAUCUGAGCCUUCCAGUUCCCGGAAAGCACAUUUGCUUUGAUGGACGGCUGCUGCACGCCGCUCCUGCGCAGCUACGGGAGAUUUUCCGCACUGCGCCGGCGGAUGACCAGGGUCGUGCGAAAUCUAAGCGAAGGAAGCCAUCACGCACUACCCUGCUGGUCAAUAUCUGGCAGGACCAUCGGCCCAAGGAUCCUCGUCCAUUGGCGAAGGAGGUGGCAGGCAGACUGACUCCUGCGGUGCUCAUGUCCCCAUUCUCCCUGGGAUGCGAUGAUGCUGCGGAGCCUCUAGAACUGCGAGUGGGUCGUGGAAUGCAGGCGAAGGAGAUUUCCUGGAACUUCGGGGAGGACGACUUAAUGUCGGUCUCUCUACCCAUACCUGGAGGUGCAGACGUAGCAGCGGACUCGAUCGCACUUCGCUUCACCGACGGACGGCGAUGGCCUGCGAUUCCGCAGAACGCGGAGAGCAACUUCUGCGUCCGUAGCUGGUUUCGCGUGGCGAACGUGACUCCCAUUGCUGCCGGCCGUUGUGGGAUUAGACAUCUCGGGGGCAACGUUGCAUUUGCUUCAGGGAGUGGGAAGAGGCCGGGGAGUGAAACUGCGCACCUCAUUCCCAGGAGCGCCCGCAACAAGGAGGUUCAACUUGCCAGUGACGCGUCCCAUGAAGAGACGCCCCGUAAAGAGCGGCAGUCUUGGUGGAAAGCGGCUUCUGUCGACCAGAUGAAAGACGACGGGAACAGUUCGCCGCUGCGCUCACCCCGAGCGCGCAGGGAGGGUAAACAGGCUAUGGGGUCGCAGCGGAGCAUAGCAGACAUUGGUUCAGAAGGCAUGCUAUUCUUCUCCCCUCCAACUCGGUGUCCACAGGAGCAUCGGUUUGACGCGCCGACGGGAGUGACCCGUCGACGCUCAAGCCCAGUUCCGGUAUCGAAGGCCACCCGGGAGUCACGUGAAACGUGCCGAUACUUCUGCGACCCCCCUUAUAGACAGAGGCGACCCUCGACGGACAGACCUUGGCAGGAUUUUCCAGCUGCUGGGCAUGCGACGCAACACCACAGGCGUUUCGACACACCUGCGGGUGAGGAAGCACUGAUGGGGCGUGCACGUUCACAGACUCCGGACUAUCACCAACGUUAUGCGCAGAAUGCUGCAGGUACUUCACUGCCCGGCUGCAGCAGAGUCCAGGUAGCACUCGCAGCCGAAAGUCCUCGCAGUAUGCGCUCGCUGCAGUGCAGCGGCUUCAGUUCCUCCAAUGCUCUGCAGCCUUCUCGGCAAAGCCAGGUGGCCUGUCAUUUCAGCUCUGCCGAUGGCCUGUGGUUCUCGUCGAAGAGACCUUUGCACAAGCAG